AAACCACAACAAAACACAUGGCUAAGCUCAUUUUCUUCCUCGCCGUCCAAAUCCUCCUCCUCGCCGUGGUUUCUUCUGCCGGAGAUGGCGAAGACUUCUUUAGAACCAUGGACCGGAAACUUCUCGGUCUCCACAAAAAGGAGAAACUUACCCAUUUCAAAGUCUAUUGGCACGACAUCUUAAGCGGUCCGAACCCAACCUCCAUCAUGAUCCAACCACCGGUUACAAACUCUUCAUACUUUGGAGCCAUCUCCAUGAUCGACAACGCUUUGACCGCCAAAGUUCCGAUGAACUCCACGGUGUUGGGCCAAGCCCAAGGGUUUUACGCCGGAGCGGCCCAAAAGGAGUUGGGUUUUCUGAUGGCGAUGAACUUUGCUUUUAAGACAGGGAAAUAUAACGGAAGUACGAUCGCAAUUCUUGGUAGGAAUACGGCGAUGUCAGAAGUCAGAGAAAUGCCGAUCGUCGGAGGAAGUGGGCUUUUCCGAUUUGCUAGAGGCUAUGUUGAGGCUAGGACAAAGUGGAUUAAUCUCAAGAACGGUGAUGCUACUGUUGAGUAUAGUUGUUACGUGUUGCAUUAUUGAGGUUAAGUAAUAUUUUUUGUCGUUUUCCUAUAUUUAAUUUGACUACGCAAUAAUUAAUAAAACAGAUUUCAAUCU